AUGGCUCUCCAACCUCCGUCAGAGCCAAUCGAGAAUCUGAAGGACCCCGGUGCACAUGAGCUGCCUGGUGUGCCCAAGAUUACUGAACCCGAAGAGUCCGACGACCACUUCUCUGAUGCCUCCGAGGGCACCGCAGCAUACCCUCCUGCUUUUACUGGACGUAACCGCGCUUUGUCCAUUCCUGUUACCCGCGUCGAGAAGGUAGACGAUGAGCCCAGGCAUGGCGAGGUUCCUGGCACCGCAGCCUACAAUAUCAGAUCCCAGGACGCCGUCCCCGACGAGAUUGAGAUUGUCCCCGACGGUACAAGAAGCCGCAGCACUUCACACGUUAGCGAAUCCGACAGACCCGUAACUCCUGGUGGUACCCCGGUCCCCCAUCUUGUUGUCGAGAAGGUCGACCCCAGCGCUCCUAGCCAUGGCGACGUCCCCGGCACAGAUGCAUACGAGAUGCGAACUGCCGAUGCUAAGCCUGAUGAGAUCGACACUACCACCGUACAACAAGUAGAGGAAAACGCAGACGACUUUGACGAUUUCAACCAACCGCAAACACAAAACAACGGCCAAGCCGACAAUGACGAUGAUGCCUUCGGCGACGACUUUGACGAUUUUGAAGAAGGUGGCGCGGAUCAGGCAGAUGGAGAUGAGGACGACGACUUUGGUGACUUUGACGAUGGCUUCCAACAAGCAGAAGAAACUCCGGUUGCCCCCAAUCUCAAUUUCGCCGAUCUGCAGACUUCGGAAGAUAUACUGGACGCAAUGUCGCCAUACAUGUCUGAACUCUUUCCCGAACUAUAUGACCAAGAAACUGCAGCCUUGGACGAGUCCGCCGCUAUAUCUACUGAUCCCAUCCUCACCGAUCGUAGCGCAUCUCUCUGGUCUCAACUUGUUGCACCUCCUCCUUUGCAACCACCCAACUGGAUCCGCAGUCGCAUCCGUCGUCUGUUCUUGGUCUCCCUCGGUGUCCCUGUCGACCUGGACGAGAUCUUGCCUGCCAGCAAACAAAAGAAACUAGUUCUUCCUAACAUUCACCUGCCAGAACAAAAGAAGGAAGAUGGAAAGGCCAAACAAGAUGGUGGCAGUUCUACUGGAGGAAGAAAGGGACCUGCGCCUCCGCCAGAAUUCAAUGCUAACGAAGCAGCCAUGCUUGCCAAGACGACAGAUACAGCGACUGAGGCCUAUUCUGACGAAGAGCUGAAAGCACACGUGAAAAGGUUAGAAGAGCUGAUCAAGGAUGCAAGCACAGUGCUCGAGUACUGGAUGAAGAGGAAGGAAAGUGCUGUAGGCGACAAAGAGGCAUUCGAAGGCGUCAUUGAGAAUCUUGUCGGCUUUGUCAAAAGUAGGAGAUGA